AUGGAGGAUGAGAAGAGGGGGAAAGAGGAGGGUGAGGGGAGUGAAGGGGAGAGAAUAAGGGGAGAGUACAGUAAGUGGAAGAGGAGGAGAAGAGAUAGGAUGAGAAGAGGGGGGAAGAGGGGAGGGUGUGGGGUUGAAGGGGAGUACAUUGCAAUAAGUGGAAGCCAUGAGAUGGAGUGGCUCCAUCUUGUGUGUGCACAGUUCAGAGGUUUCUCAUUAGACACAAAGUCCUUCAACUGUUUAUCUAAUUCCAUCACCAUCAACUGUUUCUCUUUACAGUAAUUGCAUCACUAAUGAUGACAAACAGCUAUACAUCCACAUUACCUUGGUUACAGAGUUUUGUAGCUGUGGUAUGAUGAAAGCAGAAUUGUAUCUUCUGACUCUCUACUGUAGCUACAGCCUCAUGACUCUAUUCAUGCUCCAUUCUCCUUGAAGUGAGAGCAAUGCAGUGCUAUAGAGACAUGGGAUGAAUAACAAGCCAGAAAUAUCUCUAUAUAUUCAUCAUGCUCCUUGAUGUAAGAAAACCACAGCAGAAAAGUUCCUAUAGAAACCAUCAUAAAGUUGGAAGAAGAAGUGCUCAAUGUCAAGUUAGAAGUACCAGAGUAGCACUCAUUGUCGACUAUUCAGAAUGAGAUGGGGCUCGUCCUUUACUAUAUCCCCAUCGCUUCUCUUGCCAUGAUAUACGCGACACAUCCAACGACACUCUGCCUCACCUUGGAAUGACCUUCCAGUUUUUAUAAAAGAGGUUGCACCUAAGCUCUGGCUAGUAAUACCAUGUAGACUAAAAGACAUGCACGUCCCUUGAUAUUGAAGAACUCACUAAGCUACUGCUCCAGGCAUCAUCAUUUUACAUUUACAUUUUAGUCAUCAUCAGUCUCUCUCCAUGUGUACUGUUUCUGAGAAGACAUGCCUAGGAAUCCAAACAGCCCUGUUUGUUCCUAUGAUCAUCUCCAGGGUUGUCUGUCUCCUGAGCCUGGUGUUGAAGCCUGGGCUAGAGGAGAAACAGGGUUUAUUCUUCUUCGUCUCUGGUUUAAAUUAUUUAGUGACUAAUGCCACUGCAGGCUGCAGCCUUUAAUGGAAACUGUAUUUUUUCUUCUCUUGGUUUAAUCCUGCUACAGACCAUUCAUGGCAUUAAGUUUUCAUGAGCUUGAGCUUAAGCUUAAAGUAUGGCAGUCCUCAUCUUGCUCCUCGAGUUAUGGGCUUUGGUGAGACAUGUACAGAAAUUCACACAGACAUGCUUACAGUGACACUCAAUAUCUCAGGAGUAUCUGUUCUCUCUCUCUCUCUCUCUCUCUCUCUCUCUCUCUCUCUCUCUCUCUCUCUCUCUCUCUCUCUCUCUCUCUCUCGCUCUCUCUCUCUCUCUCUCUCUCUCUCUCUCUCUCUGUCUCUCUCUCUCUGUCUCUCUGUCUCUCUCAGGUGUAUGAACACACUGUACAGCGGUAUCUUGUGUGUGUGCGUGCAUGCAUGUGUGUUCUCUCUCUUCCAAGUGAGUACUUAUCUCAGAUGUAUGUAUGUGUGUGUGUGUGUGUGUGUGUGUGUGUGUGUGUGUGUGUGUGUGUGUGUGUGUGUGGUCUCCCCCCAGGUGCACCUGUUGAAGGACCAGCUGAGUGUGGAGGCUACAGCCAGACUGGAGGCCCAGGCCAGAGUCCACCAGCUGCUGCUCCAGAACAAGGACCUGCUGCAGCACAUCUCUCUACUGGUCAAACAGAUCCAGGAACUGGAGGUCAAAAUGUCUGGGCCCAGCUCCAGUAAGUACACACAGGAUGCAUGACCACACACAUACACACACACACAAACAUACGCAUGACACACAUGUACACACAGACUUGCGAACACACACACACACAUGGACACACACAGAGUCUUGGUCUCUUUUUCUCUGUUCUCCCUUCAUCUCAUUAUCUACUCAAAGAACCUGUUUAUCUUCUCCUCCCCUAUUUCACAUUUCUUCUCUCCCUCCCCCCAUCUUUCUCUCAUCACACACCAUAUCACACUUCUUUAAGCUGACUGGCCAAGCAUAGACUCCAAUGGACCAACCAGCAUGUUAUCAUGUAACAUGUUACAUUACUUCACAACUUCCUCAGCUGCUUCAUUAUACAACAUGUUACACCUCAGCGGACCAACCAGCUCUACACCUCAGCCACCUCAGCCCUCUCCUCUCCUCCUGAUAUCACACUCCACACCUCACCUCCUCCUAAUGUAGUGUUUGACAGCGUUUCACACUCCAUACCAGGGGUGGAUGGGAAUUAGCCUCAUGUUAGCAGUUAAACAGGUGAAUGUAAGCUCAGUUAGCUCAAUGUGUGGAAGGAUGCUUACCUUUAAUGAAACUAACAUCCUUCUUUUCUCUCCCCCUUUUCUCCCUUUCCAUUCUUCCACUCUUCCAGUGGGUUCCCAGGACAGUCUAUUGGAGAUCACUUUCCGUUCCACCGUCCCCCCGGUGUUGUGUGACCCAACGACCCCGCGACCCCAGGACCACGCCAACCUCAACCUGCCAGCGCUGGGCAUCAACAUGGGUGUGGGCCAGGACGGGACGGUCACCCCCCUCUUCUCUUCCUCCCUGCCCCUGGGCAGCCCCCUAGGUAGGGAACAGUGUCUCCUCAAGCUUGAAUGUUUCCGCUUCCUUCCCGGACCCCCAACACCUGACCCUCGCCCCCCUACUCCACCACAGCGGAGGGGUCAGAAUGGAGUGAAGGGUCAGGAGGGGUCGGGGGUGGUGAUGUCAUCAACCCGCGACGAGGUACUGGGCAGUCUGGAGCUGCUGAGGUUCCGGGAGUCUGGCAUUGCGUCCGAGUACGAGUCCACGGAAGAUAGUGAUGAGAGGGAG